GGCGUACAGUUUCCUGCCCUUUGCCGUAGUGUGCGCGUUCGUGACCGCGUUUGUAGCUAUCUUAGUACCUGAGACGGCCGGGCUAUCACUCCAGGAGAUCAAUCAGGUAUACACCAGACGAGCUGGGCAUCCGCAUCAGGAUGAUUAACUGUGUCGAAUCAUGCAAUGUGCCGAUGUUUGUGUUUGGGUCAUACACACCUACAGCGCAGUGAUGUACACGCGCGCCUUUGACGGAGGGGUUGGAGAGAUUUUGAGGUAUGUGUCCACCUGAAAGAGAGGACUGUUGUGGGAGAUGAGACAAGGAUCGACUGCCUUGUUCUACGUGAAUGGGUGAUUGCGUAUGUAUAGGUUGCCCUCGUUAGUGGCUACACAUCUCAAAGGACGUCAUAGAUACAUCGGUCUCGCCUACAGGUGCACAUGGUACUCAUCUAUAUAGAAUGCUGCCCACAUGUACACAUUCGUGUAGCCAUGCAUUUGCAGCUAUACAGAUUACACAUACACAUCUUCUUAUCUGAUGCGCGAUGCUUGCCUAUUGCCUGUGCCUGAGUGAAGGCUAUUUCACUGUGUUGGGCGAUGAGGCUGUGCGCAACUGUUGAGUGCACUCGGAGACAAUCAUAGUCUGGCAUUAGUGAAUCCGGAAUGUCUUCUGAGGUUCCAGUGUAGUACUAGUGUCUAAGAAACCGUUGUCGUAAGAUCUCAGGCGUUUACAUGUCACACACCAAGAUUAAGGUAAAAAAACUAAGUUAAAACAACUAAGGUAAAUUAACUAAGGCAAAAAAAAAUACUUAAGGUAAACGCUAUUAUUGACCCGACAGAACGAUGGGCUAUAAACUGUAUACCGAGCCUUGCCUCGAGAAGGGUUCAUAACUUUCGAACCAAAUAAAACAUGUGGAAAAUCGCAGCAUCCUGAGCGACUCAAGCAGUGUGGCUGCAAUUAAUUGCCUUGUUAAAAACUUCUCUCUACGCCACUCUGUGACGACAGUCGUGGAUAGUCCACACAAACGUUAUGAGUUGUCAAACAUCGUCAUCACGUCGGCGGUGUGCACACAAUUGCGCGUAGUCUUAUGCUUCCCCUCAUAUACGGUGCUGGUUUAUGGCCAACGGCAUGCG